CUUGAUUAAAGAGACUGGAGGCGGCCGGGCCCAGGGCUGAGCAAGACACCGGCGGGACACUUUUUUGUAUAUAAAAGCACACAUAUGCGAGAAAAAAAAUCCAAAAAAUAUACACAAUUACAAACAAAGACUCACGUAUUAAAAUCCAUCUUUGAAAUUCAAGUACAUAUUUUAAAAAACAAGGAAACAUGGCCGAGACAACCGCUACCUCUACUAAAGUCUCUCCAUUAGAAUCAGAGCUCUACUUCCUAAUCGCUCGCUUUCUCUCGGCCGGUCCUUGCCGAAAGUCGGCGGAGGUCUUGGUGCGAGAGCUGGAGGAAAAAGAGCUGCUCCCAAAGCGUCUUGACUGGGAAGGUAACGAGCACCACAGAAGCUAUGAAAACUUUGUUUUAUCAAAUCGCCAUGUGCCCCCUGAUUAUCUGUUGCGGAUAUGCCAACGAAUUGGCACAUUGCUGGAUAAGGAAAUUCCUCCAAGUGUGUCUGGAGUACAGUCCCUUCUUGGAGCUGGGCGACAAUCGCUACUUCGAACUGCAAAAGAUUGUAAACAGAUAGUAUGGAGAGGCUCAGCUUUUGCAACUCUUCACAGAGGGAGACCACCAGAAAUGCCUAUUCGUUAUGGGAAUCCACCUAGCGUUGUGGAAAAUGUCCGUGGCAGACAGAUGACAGGAAGUGGACGCUUUGGUUCAGUUUUUCCAACCAGCACAUAUCAGCAUAUAAAGAUGCAUCGCAGGAUACUUGGACAUCUGUCUUCUGUGUAUUGUGUUGCUUUUGAUCGCACAGGUCACAGGAUCUUUACAGGCUCUGACGAUUGUCUCGUGAAGAUUUGGGCCACACACACUGGCCGAUUACUCUCCACCUUGCGUGGCCACUCCACUGAAAUUUCUGAUAUGGCUGUGAAUUACGAGAACUCUAUGUUAGCUGCUGGCAGUUGUGACAAACUUAUUCGUGUUUGGUGCUUGAGAACCUGCGCCCCAGUGGCUGUGCUACAAGGUCACACAGGAUCCAUUACCUCCUUGCAGUUUGGUCCAAUGAGUAAAGGUUCAGUUCGAUACAUGGCUUCUACCGGGUCUGAUGGGAGCGUUUGUUUUUGGCAGUGGGAUCCAGAUACGCUGAAGUUCAAGAAUCAGCCAUUGAAGUUUACUGAGCGGUCCAGACCAGGUUCUCCAAUGAUUUGCUCCUCAUUUAGUGUUGGUGGCAUGUUUCUAGCAGCAGGCAGCAGUGAUCAUGUGAUCCGUAUAUAUUAUCUGGGAUCUGGAACCCCUGAGAAGAUUUCAGAAUUAGAAUCUCACAUGGAUAAAGUAGACAGUAUUCAGUUCUCCAACAAUGGUGAUAGAUUGGUCAGUGGUAGCAGAGAUGGAACAGCACGGAUCUGGCGUUACCAGUACCAGGAGUGGAAAAGUAUCUUGCUGGAUAUGAGUGCCAAAUUGCCAGGUGACACUAGUCCAGGAGAUGAUAAGAUCACAAAACUUAAAGUAACAAUGGUAGCAUGGGACCGUCACGACAAUACUGUAAUCACUGCUGUGAACAACCAUACUUUAAAGGUGUGGAAUUCCUAUACUGGGCAAUUACUGCAUAUCCUAAUGGGUCAUGAAGACGAAGUGUUCGUUUUGGAACCACAUCCGUUUGACUCGAGAAUAAUUUUGUCUGCAGGCCAUGAUGGAAAUGUCUUUAUUUGGGAUAUUACAAAAGGAACAAAAUCUCACCAUUACUUUAACAUGAUUGAAGGCCAAGGUCAUGGUGCUGUAUUUGACUGCAAGUUUUCUCCAGAUGGCCAGCAUUUUGCUUGCACUGACUCACAUGGACAUUUGCUUAUAUUUGGGUUUGGAUGCAGUAAAUUGUAUGAAAGGAUUCCGGAACAGAUGUUUUUCCAUACUGAUUAUCGGCCUUUAAUUCGAGAUGGGAACAAUUUUGUCUUGGAUGAACAGACUCAACAAGCUCCCCAUCUCAUGCCACCACCAUUUCUUGUGGAUGUGGAUGGGAAUCCUCAUCGAACAGAAUAUCAGCGAUUAGUGCCAGGUCGUGAGAACUGUCAAGAUGAACAGCUCAUACCACAGUUAGGAUACGUGGCAACAAGUGAUGGUGGUGUUGUUGAGCAAGUGAUUGGGCAGCAGACAAAUGAACAAGAUGAACAGAACAUGGAGCUCAGUGUUCUGGAUGGCAUGAUUCAAAAUUUGCAACAGGAGCAAGACCAGCGGUUGGGAACUGAACAAAAUGGAUUGAAUAGUCCACACCACAGAGUUAGCAUACCUGCAAGAGCUGUAAGGAAUCCGAGCACUGAUAUUUUAUCAUCACCAAAUGUGGGAUUACGUCGCAGUGGGCAGAUUGAAGGUGUUCGUCAGAUGCAUCACAAUGCUCCCCGUAGUCAAAUAGCUACAGAAAGAGACAUCAUGGCCUGGAAACGAAGAGUGGUGGUACCAGAAAUACCAUCUUGUGUGUACAGUUUGCAGGAAGAUUUUAGGAUUGCCAAAAGUGAAGAGGAAAUUGCCUUGUAUGCAAGAGAGAAGAAAAGGCGACCAAUGUACUCUGCACAAAGGAAUGAUUCCUUGGAUUCAUCUGAACAUAUGAAAAGAAAAAUGAGGGGACGCCGUUGUGGGCCACGUAAAUAUCGAACACGGGCUGCCGUUGAAGAAUUGGCUCAGUUUUUCCAUGAAGAAGCAGAAGAGGUUAGCUCAGAUGAGGAAAGUAAUUCACUAGAGGGUAGUGGAGGCUCUUCAGAGGAGUGGCAGAGCGAAGGUAACAGCGCAAGUGAUUCUUCAAGUGAUUAUUCAGACUGGACAGCAAACGCAGGAAAUAAUCUUCAACCACCCAAAAGACAAAGCAGACGGCGAGCUCCACGCAUACUGAGCAGCUCAGAAGAUGAACACGAUGAUAAAAGUAAAAAACCUUGGAAUGAAAAGCUAAAGAAACCCAAAGGAAGACCACGAAAGAAGCCAAACCUUCCAACUGGUGAUAGUUCAAUGUUGGAGGAAUGGCAACCGCCAAAAUGGAUUACUGACACUGUGCCACGCAGGUCGCCUUAUGUUCCACAAAUGGGUGAUGAGGUUGUUUACUUCCGGCAAGGCCAUGAAGCUUAUGUUGAAGCUGUUAAAAAGGCCAAAAUAUACACCAUUAGUAAACUCAAGCAGCCAUGGCGCAAGAUGGAACUUAGGGACCAAGAAUUUUUAAAAAUAGUUGGUCUAAAAUAUGAAGUUGGCCCUCCUACACUGUGCUGCCUCAAGCUUGCCUUCAUCGAUCAUGAUACAGGCAAAAUCAUGAAUAAGUCAUUUUCAGUAAAGUAUCAUGACAUGCCGGAUGUGAUUGAUUUUCUUAUUUUACGUCAAUUUUAUGACGAAGCCAGAAAUAGGAAUUGGAAAGCUAAUGACAAGUUCCGAUCUAUAAUAGAUGAUGUUUGGUGGUUUGGGACAGCAUUGACUCAGGAGCCAUUCCAGGCAGCAUAUCCAGAUAGCCAUUUUCAGUGUUACACUGUUUGCUGGGAGAAUAACGAAAUUGAGAGGCUGAGUCCUUGGGAUAUGGAACCCAUUUCUGAAAAUGCCCAAUUUCCUGAAGACCCAAGUGCUGGUGUUUCUGUUACAACAGAUGAGCUAGAAGCUCUGCUCUACAAACCUCAAGAAGGGGAGUGGGGUGAAAGAACAAGAGAUGAAGAAUGUGAUCGUAUUGUUAGGGGCAUUGAAGACGUUCUGACACUUGAUAUAGCAACUCCCUUUAAGGAUCCUGUGGACCUUCGUGAAUAUCCUGCAUACUGUAUGGUGGUUUCUUACCUCACUGACAUCAACACUAUCAGAAUGAGAUUGCAAAAUAGGUUUUACAGGAGGAUCACUGCUCUUGUGUGGGAGGUGAGAUACGUAGAGCACAAUGCACAAACUUUCAAUGAACCAGAUAGCCCUAUUGUUAAAUCAGCCAGAAGAAUCACUGAUCUAAUCCUUAAGUUCAUUGAGGAUAAAGAUUGUUAUGAUAUUUUUGAGAUUUGGCAUACUAUGGAGAACUGUUCACUGGACUCUGAAGAAGAGGAUGAGGGUGAUAAUACAGCCAUUGUUGCAGGAACAUCUACUCAGAGAAAUCACCCAAGGCAUGAAUUAGAUGGGAACAUGAUCUGUGAUGUCAAUGCAUGGAAAGCUCAGUGCAGAGAGCUGGUGGAAGUCCUGUUUCAGUGUGAAGAUUCCGAACCAUUCAGGCAGCCUGUGGACCUCGCUGAAUAUCCAGAUUACAGGAGUAUUAUACACACUCCAAUGGACUUGGAAACUGUAAAAGAAGCAUUAGAAACUUACGAAAGUCCUGUAGAUCUUUCCAAAGAUGUGCGAUUAAUCUUCAGCAAUGCUAAGGCUUAUUCCCCAAACAAAAAGUCUAAGAUAUAUAGCAUGACUCUGAGAUUGUCUGCAUUUUUUGAGAACCAAAUUCGAAACAUCAUCUCUGAUUAUAAAACUGCUCAAAACUACAAUAAAAGGAAUCAGCACAAAUGGAGAUGCAAGAAACGUAUACACAGUUCCGAUGCCUCCAGGUCAAGCAGCAGAACCUCCAGUCCAGAGCGAAAACGGAAACCAAUGAAGCCUCAAGCAAAAGUCGAAUAUCUUUGCAAAAGGUCUACCUCAUUAAGUUCAUCUCACAACAGUACAAGUAGCACAGGUGAUAGUAGCUCCAGUGAUGCUUCUGAUCAUUCUUCUACAUCAUCCAGAGUGAGGAACACAAGGGCCAGGGCACCUGCCCUAACUGUAAAAAGAGAUAAAAAGGAUUUACCCAAUGGGUCAGUUGGAUCAACGACAGGAAGUGGGGACUCCAGUGAAAGUUCUACUGAAGCGAAUAAUUGUACUCUGAAAUCUUCAACCUCUUCUCCAAAUGAUACUUGGACAGAAAGUGCGGCAGGAAGCAGCAGGACCGUAAGAAAGUGCACCUUACCUAAAGACACAAUAGAAACAGACGCUAGUGGUACUCGGAUAAAUGGACACAGCAGAAAAUUGGUUCGGCAGACCACUGCAGCUAAGAAACGCAAGAUCUUGAGUGAUUCAGAGGAAGAAGACACAGAGCCAGAGAGGGAUCAUGCGUUAUUCGGUGGUGUUAAGAGAAGAAAAAAUGUCAAUAUUUUGGAAGAUGAUGACUCGCUGCCUGACAGCCAGCAACAGCAGGAAAUGGUUCGCAGCAAAUGUAGCUCUAGUAGUUCUAGUACUGGUUCUAGAUCUGAAGGCAGCUCGAGCUCCAGUUCUGAAUCAAAAUCAAAGACGGACUCUGAAUCUGGAUCUAUUUCUGAUUUGGAUAGCGAUUACAAUAUGAAAGCAAAGUCAAAAGUUAAAGCAAAGGUAAAACUGAAGAAAGGGAGACCCAGAAGAGUUAUAGGGAGAGGAAAAAACAAAGCUGUUAUGAAAAAAGGCACCAGCAGAUUAGAAUACAAGAAACAGAAAAAUAUUUUGGACAGCGAAGAGGGAGAAGAUGAUGAUGAUGACUCUGAUUACGUCAAAAAGGAUUGUUAUUGUAGACCAUCAGCAAUAAGGACCAGAAACCAAGGCAGAAGGACUGUAAGAUAUGAUGAUUGUGAUUCCGAUACAGAUGGUGUCUUACACAAUGAGGUUGCUAACCAUGGAAUAUCCAGGUCUGGACGGGUACGGAGGGUACCCAUGAGAGUGAGAGACUGAGAAGCAGCCAUUUAUUUGGCACUGAACCACUGUGAAUUUUUUUCUCUAGAAUUUCAGGGAUUAUAUUUAUAUUUUUCUGGAUUUAUUUUGUGGGGGAGGGGGAAAGCUGGCUGUUCAUGGACACAAAAUCAUGGUUGACACUGCAAGCAUUAAACAGCACAAGAUACUGCAACAGGACACCAGGCAACUCCAAUAAUGUCUGUGGACCAUGCUAGAAAAGACUCUGCAACUUGGCUUUGUCUCCUAUUAAGCACUACAACAAAAAUUAUUUAUUUUUACUUGCAUGUAUUUUAAGCCAACUGAGAGCAUAUUUGUCUCUUCAGUAGACAAAGCGGUUAUUUUUUUUUGCAUUAGGGUACUCGAUUAUUAAUCAGGAAAGGGCGUUUUGCAUUCAUCUCAAGGUUUGUUAUAAUGACUUCAUUAAUUGAAUUUAUAUUCAAGUCAAAUAUUUUUGUCUAAAAUGUGUACUUUAAUACCGACUUAGACUUAUUUUUGGAAGGAGAUGAGUUCAAAGGAAGGAAAUAGCUGCACUGUGGAAAGAGUGAAAAGAUGAGUUUCUUUGAAGUAGGUAUGCAAAAUUGGACAAAAGACUAUAACAUUAUCUUGAUCACAAUUUACCGUAUUUGAAUGAUUGAUAGAUUUAUCUGUUGGUAUUUUUUUAUUCUUUGAGUUCUGUCUGGUCAGCGGACAGGGUAAUUGCCUGUUUAAUUUUCAAAUUCCUGUGCUUGGCUAAAGGACAGAAUAAACCAAUGUUUACUGCUGGCCUUAAUGCAUAGACCAUAUAACAUAUUUUGAAAUUAGUGAGGUUGAGAGCAAAGAGAUGAUAAAUAUUUAUACUGUGCCAAUCUUAUGCAGAUUUGCAGAAUCUGAGCAAAUUUAUUUGGAAUAUGAGGGAUGGCUUGGAAUUAAAUUCAGGGAAAAAAGUUGUUAUAAGCAGAUAGAUUAGAAAAUGCAGGAGAAAACCUACUUGGAUGUACUAUGGUUCAAAAUUAAUUUUGCCUGUUUUCCUGGUAACCUUUUUGUUAAAAAAAUAAUCCAGCCUGCUUUCUUUAAUUAAAGUUGUUCGUGUCUCAACAUCUAUGCAAAUAUUCAAUGCUAGACAGAAGGUAGUAUUAAAUGGAGGCCUACAUUAAAGGCAAUUUCAAAAUAUUUCAAUAAACAAAAGGUGAUCGGA